AUGAGGCAAGAAUACAGUUUGAGGGUUUCAAGAAUCAAAGACAAAGUGUGGAGAUUGCCUUUUCGGGGACAUGAUGAGUCUUCAACAUCAUCCAAUAGAGGAAAUUUUUUAGAAUUGCUCAAAUGGUAUAGCUCAGAGUGUCCAGAAGUUGUGGCAGUUGUUGGAAUGAAUGCACCUGGGAAUAAUCAAAUGAUUGCCCCAAAAAUUCAAAAGCAAUUGGUGAAUGCUUGUGCAGUUGAGACCACAAAUGCUAUUCUAGCUGAUCUUGGAGAUAGGUGGUUCACUUUACUACUUGAUGAGGCUCGUGACUGUUCAGUGAAAGAGCAAAUGACAGUUGUUAUUAGAUAUGUGAACAAACAUGGAGAGGUGAUUGAACGAUUUAUAGCUGUAGUUCAUGUUGCAACAACUACAGCUGCUUGUUUGAAGGAGGCAAUCGACUCUUUAUUUGCUAUGUAUGGUUUGUCAGUGGCGAGAUUGAGGGGUCAAGGAUAUGAUGAUGCUUCAAAUAUGUUUGGAGAAUUUAAUGACUUAAAGUCACUGAUAAUGAACGAAAAUCCGUAUGCAUUGUAUGUUCAUUGUUUUGCUCAUCAACUCCAGCUAGUGGUUGUAGCUGUUGCUCAAGCAAAUCAAUAUGUUUGUGAUUUCAUGAGGAUUGUUGGUUCGAUUGAGAACACAUCUGCAUCAUCUUACAAAAGGGCCUACAAAUUUUGA